UUAUCCAAGCUUGCAUGCCAAAUCUAUUUGCUCUCAGUUAUGGAUAUCAAAACAGUCCUCGUCAUUGUCGUUGUGUUGCUGGAGCAUAAAGAUCUAAGAUGCUGUGGCCAAGGUGGUUCUCAUCAGCAUGUUGCUCCUAUUACCCAUGACUGUGGUCACCACGGCCAUUGGAAUGAUAGACAUAAUUAUUGUGAAUGCUCCUCGGGAUACAGCGGAAGUAAAUGUGAAAUUGCUCCUAUUACCCAUGACUGUGGUCAACACGGCGUAUGGAGUAAUACCGGACAUCAUUGUGUAUGCUCCUUGGGAUACAGCGGAAGUAAAUGUGAAACAUACGUGUGUGGAGACCAUGGUCACCCUUCACCGACUGUCUUGUUUGGCGGGCACUCGUGCAUUUGUGAUGCGGGUUGGUCAGGGCAGACGUGCAGCAUCCAUAACACAGAGACAAUAACAACUGGCGCACCAAAGCUUGAAACCACUACCAGUAACACCGGAACAGUAGGCGCUACAUGUGCUGACCUUGAUCCCAUAGCAUGUCAAAGGCAAACGAAUGUCUGUCAGGAUAUAACAAUGGCCGAACUUGCCUGUCCCAAAACAUGCAAUAUGUGCUGAAAACACAUACAAUGAGCUUGAGGACGACAAUUGACCAAUUUCCUUCAGAAUGGAGUACUUAUAUAAUAAACUAUUGCUAUACUUUAAAACCAUCAUACUGGA